AUGAAGAAGCUGGAAGAUCAGGCCGAGGCUGCCACUAAGGCCCAACAGAUGGCCAAAGAAAAAGCGGAGUCUGCUGAAGCCAUCAAAAAAGUUGCUGAGGCCGAGAAGAAAGAUGCCGAGGUAAAAAAGGCUCAAGUUGAAAAAGAGCUCGAGCAGGCCUUGGCCACUAAAAAUGCCGAAAUUACUGAAGCCGAUGAAAAAGCUUACGCCCAAGGAAUGGCCGAUGUUGUUGAGGGCUACAAACUUCAAGUUAAGCAGGCAUCCGAAGAUGAGGAUGAUGACGGUGCUGCUCUAGUAAGGAAGCCCAAGGACGUUGAUGAGAUCCAAUCCCUUCCUCAGGAUGAUCAAAUCCUAGACCUGACUCAUGAAGAGGAUGAGGAGGUUAUUAAGGAGGCUACUCCUGAACAAGCAUCAUCUGACGUUCCUCCAACCGAUGAUAGUCUUAAUCAAACACUUGCCGAAAUUAAUGCCGAGAUCAUGGCCGAGAAGGUUGCCGAAGUAGCUUUUCAAGAACCUGCCGAGGUCCAAACCCAAAUUGCUCCUGAGGCUGAAGAAUCAUAA